AUGCUCGAAUCUGCUUGCAAAAGUGAAACGAUAUGCCGCUCGACUCAUUCCUCUCAAUGUAAAUUUACUCAUCUUCAAUUAUAUUCAAUUGAUUUGCAGUUAACUUGUUGCUGUUCAAAAUUAUAUUGUAAUGGUAAAACUAAACAGCGGUUGCGAGCUGUGCGUGAACGAUUCAAAAAAAUUGAGAAAAAUUAUCCAUUAAAAAGAAUUUCAAGAAAAUCAAGUUCUGAUCAAGCAAAUGGACAGUCUUCGACGAUUGGACGAGAUUUAUUCAAUUUAGCAAAUGCUCAUAAAAAUGAUAAUAUUCAAGUAAACAACAAUGAUAACGAACUAUAUGAAGAUCGUUGGAUGAGAAAAGAUAAUAGUAGCGGAAAAAAAGGGAAGAAUAUUGAAAUACCGUCCAAAGAAGGUAAUAGCCAGCUUGAGCAACGAGCAAAUUUUACUACUCUUAAACCUAGUACACCAAUCAGCAGCAUAAGAAUCACUUCGAAAAAUGGGAAAAACAUUCCUCCAGAAAUCGAUCCAACUACAUUACUAUCAUUUACACCGAAUCAAUCAAAGACUCAAUUUACAAUGAGCGAAAAUUUCAAAUCUAUCACUUUGACAAGAAGGAAUGAAGUUUCCUUUCCUUCAUCCAAUACAACAAAAAGUUCGACAUCUUUCACAAAGCGCCAUGAAAAACCCCUCUCGACGAAAUCACCAGAAAUUCGCACAAGUAUACUGUCCACGUCAAACAUUUCCUUUACAAACAUUAAAAUAAGAGAAGAGAUAAAAUCAAGAGAAACAACGAUUUCAAUCCAUUCUGACACUCAUAUUUUACCAAUCGUUUCACAUAUCGAGGACGACUAUAUCACUAAAUUUCCAGAAGAAAAGAAGAACGGACGCACUUCAUUUUCGGAAGAAAAGAAUCAUAAUGCAUCGCCAUUCUUGAAACGAUCUCAUUUAGCUACGGAAAAAAAUAAAAUUCAAUUUAUUGAACAGAAUACAAAAACAGAAGAAGAAAACGAUGUUAAUGCUAUGAAAAGGACGAUACCGUGGUGGAUUAUAACUCUCAGUGGUUUUAUGAUUUCUGUUAUAAUUGCAGCGAUUAUCUUCAAAAUAGUUAAAAAAAGGUCAAAAUCGACAAAACUAAAUGCAGAACAAGAAUUAACACCUUUGAAGAAACUGAAUGAAGAAAAGGAUGAAAGAUGA